AUGUCAAACUCAACUACUGUCAUCAAAAUUAAGGACAGUAACUCAAUUAUACGUUCACCAGUUACCUUAGCAGUAAUUUCAGCUGUACUACUAGCAGCCAUACUAUUUUUUGUAUGGAGAAUAGUACUGAGAGUACAGAAGAAGAAACAAUUAUUGAAAGAUAUAACACCAAAAUCGGAUCAUCGAAUAACUGGGGUAAGACUUAACGAUUCUAUACGUUUCGUGGUUCCUACCUUACAAAUUUACGAAACUACAGAGGAUUCACUUUCGGAAACUGAUUCGAAUGGUUCGAAAUUUUCGGAUAGAGAUGGACGAGUACGUAGAAUGAGCUUCACAGGAUACCAAAUACAACCUCAGGAUCUGGAGAAGGAUCUUUAUGAAGAUGAUGUACAGGACAAUUGUUUAAAAAAUGGUAGAAAUGUAGGACGUUUGGGAUUUUCUUUACAUUACAUUUACGAUAGACAAGAAUUACGUAUUCAUCUCAUUGCCGCAACCGAUAUUAAGUCUCAUUUCAUGAAAGGUACAGCAAAUAUUUAUGCUAAAUUACGUUUAUUACCAGAAAAGUCUACCAAAUAUUUUACACGUGUUCACAGGAACACGCUGGAUCCUGCUUUUAAUGAAACUUUCGUUUUUUCUGUUAAACCAAACGAAAUUCAACAUAAAAUAUUAUAUAUAACUGUAUGGGAUUACGAUAAAUAUUCUAGGAAAGUUAGAAUUGGUGAUGUUAAAUAUCCCAUUAAAAACUCAAUUAGCGAAGACUUUAUUAAAGAUUUAUGGUUAAAUUUGAAAUUUAAUUGUGAUAAGAUUAAUGAGAAUUGUGGAGAAUUACUGAUAUCAAUUUGUUACAAUCGAGAAAAAACAACUCUUACUCUUACUAUAUUAAAAGCCAGGAAUAUUUAUAUAGAAAAAAACGAGAAAGAUAAAGCAUCAGUAUACGUCAAAGUUACAUUGUACGUUCGAAAGAAGGUAAUUCGUGCUAAGAAAACGGUUUUAAAACGUAAAAUUCCGGAGGUAGAAUUUAAUAACAGUUUUCACAUCCAUGUACUUCCUUCAGCUCUUGAAGAAGUUGAUAUUUUAAUUAAUUUAUACGGAAGAUCCGGAAUUGGUAGGAAAUAUAUCAUUGGAGGAACACAAGUUGGAGCGAAUUGCAUUUGUAAUCAAGGAAUUCAACAUUGGCAAGAUAUGAUCGCUAGCUUAAAUAGCACUUCUAUUCAUUGGCAUACACUAAUGCGUUAAAUGUAUUUUAUAUUUCAAGUCUGGUAAAAGACAACGUUUAGGGAUUAGUUUGAUGAGUGCAAAGCAAUACUUGAAUAUACUGAUAAGGAGCGCCUUCGACUCCUAUUAAGGUAUCAGACACGCGACGAAAACCCGAAAAACUUCACGUGCCAGUCCUUUAGCUAGGCGCGAACCCAACAAACUAUUAUAGUUAAGUGGUUUAUUUAAUCGUCCACUGUGAAACACUAGUUUAAAAAGAACGUCUCCUGUCACUUCGCGUCCAAACGCUUCAUUACUGUAUUCUAUAAAUUUAC